AUGGGUGUUGUUGGAGGCGAGCUGUCCCGUCUGCUGCCCUUCACCAACUGGAGUCUGUUGCUGAACGUUAGCGGCAAUUAUGUGCACGACCACGACACAGCCGCAUAUGACAGUCUCUGGGCAGGGGACAAGAAUGGUACCGGUAGUGGACUGGGCUCAGCUACACCCUCAGUAUUGGUCUCGAUGACUGGGCUAUGCUCUAGUUGGCAGGAGGCUCAACACGCUCUAUUUCAGGUAUGCAUUUAUAUCUGCUGGCGCAGUUGUGUGCUGUGGUCCCGCUGUUCACGCCCUGCAGUUUUCCGCCACCACAUGCUGCUGCUGCGCUGCUUGCUGGCCAUCGGCUACUUCCUGGUGGUCAUGUGGGCCGGCUUCGUGGUCUGCAGGCUGGACGUCCUCGUCUGGAACUGUCUGCUCUUUUUCAUCGACGUGAUGCACAUCAUCAGCCUGGCCUAUACAAACAUCCCAAACCAGUUCAGCCCCUGUGUCAAUGACUUUUACAAGAAGAGACUAAGCCCGCUGAACGUGUCCAGUAAAGAGUUCGGGGAGAUGUGCAGCCUGGGAACAAUUGUCUCCCUUCACAAAGGUGGCUUCUAUUCGUUCGAGAAUCACACCUCGUCCAGGGAGAAGGUGUCCGUUACUGCUGAUGGGCAGGUGAGUUUUCUACCUGGCACUCGACAGUUAAAGGUCACACACGAAGGCGUAUUUCUACACUCCAUUGACCCCAAUGAGUUCAUUGACUCCCCAGAGUUUGACUCCCUGCCUCUGUUCGCAAACGACGCCUCUGAGAAGUUCCAGGUGACAAUCUCCGCCAGCGAGGAUGCUAUGAUGUUGUCAUGGGUGUACCCAAUCCUGCAAGCCUACUUCGCCUCCAAUCCUUUCAUGUAUGCCGUAUUCACCAACCUGGUAGGACGGGACAUCUGCGACAAGUUGUACAAGAUGCAA